CAAUAUGUAGACAUAGUAAUCAAGACACAGCCGAGGAUUGGAGAGGCGAUACUUGAACAGCAUUACCUUGAUAAAUAGUAAAGUAACACUAGUGAAUAAAGACACUGGGAAAGAUACAGAUAUUUGCUUCCUAAACUAGCUCAAAAUAGAGAAGCUAUCAAAUUAUGGCCCAUAUUUAGGAAUUAAAUUUGUUCCUCAAAUCAUUGAGGGAAAGGAAGUUUAAGUGGUCUGAGAAUACUUUCAGAAUGGAGCACUACAGAAAAGAGGUCCCCCCCAAAAAAAGCCACACCUUUAUUAAAUGUAUUUUAGGCUCAACUGUUGGAUGUGGUAAGAGUUCAGUAACAUACCUCAAACUCAUGCAAGCUCAACUUUUAAUACACUUGUUUACACACUACUUUGCAGGAUUCAAGCCUAUUUACAGCCAGACAUGGAGCUCUUCAACUAAACUGAUCACUUUAUAACACCAGCAGUCUGAAGGCUUACAGACCUUCAUUGCUGGCAUAUCACCCAGCCAGGAGAAGUGGAUAAGAGUCUCUUUGGAACCCAUGAACUUCUCUGACAGAGAUUCACAAUGACAGAGGAAGCAUGCAGGACACGAAGUCAGAAGCGGGCACUAGAACGAGAAAUAACUCAAAACGAUGUGGACAGUAAAAAAAUUAAAAUGGAGAAAGGAUUGUUGGGAACAGAUAUAAAGACUGAAGGUGACAUUAAAAUAAAGACUGACCCUGGAGCUGGAAAAGUCCAAGGAUUAUUAAAAGGAGGGGAGGUAAAAGCAACCAUUAAAGUGGAGGUGCAGACAAGUGAUGAACCUGUUGACAUGAGUACCUCAAAAAGUGAUCUGAAGAGAGAAAAGAGAGUCCCCUCACCUGAUAUUAUAGUGUUAUCAGACAAUGAACCUUCAAGCCCUAGAAUGAAUGGUUUAACAAAAAUAGCAUUAAGAGAGACCAACACAGAGGCACUCAUGGCCUUACAGAAGAGCAGCCCAGAGGAGCGUGAGAGAAUGAUUAAACAGCUAAAAGAAGAGUUACGGUUAGAAGAAGCAAAACUUGUUUUAUUGAAAAAGUUGCGGCAGAGUCAAAUACAGAAAGAGACCACUACUCAGAAGCCUCCUGGUUCCUCUGGGAGUGCUGUGGCCACCCCUCCCCCAUUGGUGCGGGGCACACAGAAUGUUCCUGCUGGCAAGCCAUCCCUUCAGACCUCUUCUACACGUAUACCAGGCACUGUUAUUCCCCCUCCAUUGGUCCGUGGAGGGCAACAGUCCUCUUCAAAACUGGGAUCUCAGCAGAAUACGCAGAUAGUAAUGCCACCUCUUGUCCGAGGAGCACAGCCCAUCUCUGUCUCUCCCCAGCAAAUCCACAACAUCCGACAGCACUCCAGCACGGGGCCACCUCCACUGCUCCUGGCACCACGAGCAUCCAUCCCCAGUAUACAGAUUCAGGGACAGAGAAUUAUACAACAGGGUCUAAUCCGCGUUGCCAAUGUUCCCAAUACCAGCCUGCUUGUCAAUAUACCACAGGCCUCACCUACUUCAAUAAAAGGUACAACAGUGACAUCUCAGGCUAAUGCUACUACAACCAGUGUUGCUUCUAUAGUGAACUCCAAUGACUCGCCAGCCAGCCGGCAAGCUGCUGCCAAACUUGCACUGCGCAAGCAGCUAGAGAAGACGCUAUUGGAGAUCCCACCUCCUAAGCCACCUGCACCAGAGAUGAAUUUCCUGCCAAGUGCGGCCAACAAUGAAUUUAUUUACCUUGUUGGUUUGGAGGAAGUAGUGCAAAACUUGCUAGAAACUCAAGGUAAAGUUUCAGUUGCAGCCUUAUCUCAGGAGCCCUAUAUGUGUGCUCAGUGCAAGACUGACUUCACUUGCCGCUGGAGGGAAGAGAAGAAUGGAACCAUUAUGUGUGAAACCUGCAUGACAUCGAAUCAGAAAAAGGCCCUUAAGGCUGAGCACACUAAUCGGCUGAAGGCUGCCUUUGUGAAAGCAUUGCAGCAAGAGCAGGAGAUCGAGCAGCGGAUAUUGCAACAGACUGUCUCUCCUGUACAGACCAAGUCAGAACCGAUAGUCCACUCACUCAAGCAGACUUCUAGCCAGCUGUCUCGAGGUGCCGCAGGAACCCCCCGAGGCGUCUUGCAUGCAUUUAGUCAGUCACCCAAGUUGCAGAAUGCAUCGUCUGCAGCAGCACUUGGUAGUAGGCCAGGUAAGCAUGCUGAGAGACCUGUCAGCAAGGGCAAUUCUACUACCUGGAAGAAGACCCCCAUCAAUACAGGCGGGGCUCUAGCUUUUGUCAACCCUAGUAUAACUGUACACAAGACUUCAGCAGUAGACCGUCAACGUGAAUAUCUCCUGGAUAUGAUUCCCCCACGAUCCAUCCCUCAGUCUGCAACAUGGAAAUAAUGCAGUGGAAUGCCCUAGAGGAAGACUUACCUGUUUCUGCCAGUCUUUUUUUUUUUUUUAUACCACAAUAGAGUGGAAUCUGCUUUAAACCCUGCUUGACUUGCCCGAGCUUUGUAGGAAGCAAGAAGACUGCUCCUCGUCCCAUUUGAGUGCUGUUGUCCUUGCUAUGGGAAAAUGACACCAAGAGGGUGGAACAGACUCAGGCUCAUUUGGUUAUCGAAUUCUUGUGAUUGGCUGAUGGUGAAGGCUGUCAGGAAGGGGGAGAAAUUCUUACUAUUUUUUUGGCUUUGUGCAUUUAGGUGUUUGGGGAUUGUUGGGUGGUGAUUCUUUGUUUUGUUUUUGUUUUUUCUGUCACCAGCACAAAAGGAAGACUGGAAGGACUUUGGUUUAUUUACGUUAUGAGCUAGCUAGUCACCAAGCAUACAGUGUUCACUGGCAAUCAAGGAUGCACUUCUUUGUAAGAAAAGUGAAAUACAAACCCAGUGAUUGCAGAUGCGUUUAGCAGGUGGAAUUCAUGUUUGCUUCUCCUCUUCCCCCUACCCCAGAAAGGCAAUCUACAAUUUGUAAUAAUGAGAUCAUGAAGAUACAGAAGCGCAAGCUCAAAUUCCAGUUGGGCAUGAUUUGUAAUGGACUGGUUGUUGUCCAAACAGGCCCAGCAGCUGGGAAGGCAUUGUAGGCCUUUCUCGCUUGCAUUGGAUUCUGUGGUGGACACUUGAUGGCCUAGACCCUAAAGUACUGAACAAUCAACAGUCUCUCUAAUCCAGCACAGAGCAACGGGCCCUUGCAAAAAAGUUCCCAGAGACUUUUAAUGAAGUGAAACUUUUUUUGUUCUUUUGAGAAGUUGUAAGCAAACACCUAGGAGCUCCAGAAGUGUGUGUAAUAAGGAAGGGUUGGGGGAGGAACAGAAGGGCGAAAGGCAGGCAUCAGACAAUACGUUCUUUCCUCUGUUAUCCUAGUCGAUGCUGUAAUGGUGUGAUGGAUGUACAAGUGCACAUUGGACAUGCUUCAGGCAGUACUGCAUAAACCUCAUCCCUAGACUUGCACUCUUCCAUGCUCUCCUCCAUCAAGUUCAGUUUCGGUAGAGCUUUAGGUAACCCUGCUUUAAGGACAGGUUUCUGUGUGGCUUUAAUAUAUUUUGGGGCUACACAGAUACAUUUAGCAUCAUCAGGUUUUGGGGGUUUUUAACUUUAUAUUGGUUGUAAGUGGCAGAAAUACAUACCUUACUACUUGCAUUGCAUAUUGGUACUAGAACUAGUGCUGAUAUGAAUUCUUUUAAAAAUUAUAAAUAUAUAUAUAU